UUCCCUACGACGGUCACACUGUACGAGAUACCUGGAAAGUUCGCAAGUUUUUUCGUUUUGAUAAAUAUAUUAAAUUGUCAAAAUGGUUGUUAAAGCCGUCUGCGUAAUUAAUGGCGAUGCCAAAGGCACUGUUUUCUUUGAACAGCAGAGCAGCGAGGCUCCCGUAACGGUCACCGGCGAGGUGUGCGGUCUGGCCAAGGGCCUGCACGGAUUCCAUGUGCAUGAAUUCGGGGACAACACCAAUGGGUGCAUGUCGUCGGGACCGCAUUUUAAUCCGUACGGCAAGGAGCACGGUGCCCCCGUCGACGAAAACCGCCACCUGGGCGAUCUGGGCAACAUUGAGGCCACCGGAGACUGCCCCACAAAGGUCAGCAUUACAGAUUCCAAGAUCACACUCUUCGGCGCUGACAGCAUCAUUGGACGCACUGUGGUGGUCCACGCCGAUGCCGAUGAUCUCGGCAAGGGUGGACACGAGCUGAGCAAGUCUACGGGCAACGCUGGUGCUCGCAUUGGCUGCGGCGUUAUUGGCAUUGCCAAAAUCUAAGAAGUAAACAAUUCCAAAAUCGGCCUUUGUGCUGAUCUACUCUAUUUAGCACUACUAACUGGAUUUAUGCAAACGAUAUAUUUCUACCUAUAUAUAACCUGUGGUCUGUUAGGUUAAUACGCAACCUUAAAGGUUCAAUAAAUUGGUGUUUUCAAAUUGGCCUAUAACCCAAA